GUACGCUAACGCGAAGGCCGUGAACGCAAGAACACAUUUGUCUAAUCACUCUCAUGGAUUCUUCUAAAAAUUGUACUCCUACUACUUGUCAAAACUAUCAACAGUUUAUUUAUUCAUUGUCUACCGUGAGUCGUCAGAGACUCAAGAGGUAGAGGCCAAGGACGGCAAUGGAGAGCAGCAUCAGCAGCACCUGCGGCAUCUGCAAUGGCGACAUGGGCCGUGCCGGCGUCAGCGGCUUCAAGGCGGAGUGCUCCCACCAGUUCCACUCCCGCUGCGUCUCCGGGAGCCUCCGUCUAGUCUGCCCGCUCUGCAGCGCGCGGUGGCGCGAGCUCCCGUCCUUCCGCUCGUCCAGGUCCAAGAGCACGCCCAAGCCGCCACCCGCGCCGGCGGCCCUGCCGUUCUUCCGGCCGAUGGAGCCACGCGUGUUCGACGACGACGACCCCGUGCUCCGGCCGCCUCGGCCUCCUCCUCCCGGUGACCGACGCCAUGGGAGUCCGGGCGCCACGUCCAGUGGAUCAUCAGCGGAGGUGGUGGCGCUCACCACGCACUGCCAGUACUCUGCUCUUGCGCGUGAUGCGGCGCACGACGACUUCGCCGUGCUCUUGCACGCCAGGGCUCCGGGAACCGGCGCGCGCGCGCGUGCGCCGCUCGACCUGGUGACCGUGCUGGACGUGAGCGGCAGCAUGGUGGGGAUCAAGCUGGCGCUGCUGAAGCAGGCUAUGGGGUUCGUGGUCGACAGCCUGGGCCCCGCCGACCGCCUCUGCAUCGUGUCCUUCUCGUCCGGCGCGGCCCGGCUGAUGCCGCUCGCGCGCAUGUCGGACGGCGGGAAGGCCCUGGCGAGGCGCGCCGUGGAGUCCCUCGCCGCGGGGGGCGGGACCAACAUCGGCGCCGCGCUGCGCAAGGCCGCUAAGGUGUUCGACGACCGGCUGCACCGGAACGCCGUCGCCAGCGUCAUCCUCCUCUCGGACGGGCAGGACACGUACACCGUGCCCAGACGCGGCCGCGACGACGAAGUCAACUACGAGGAGCUCGUGCCGCCUUCGUUGUUCAUGGAUAGUAGCACCGGCGACCGGUCGUCCUCCGCGCCGGUGCACACGUUCGGGUUCGGGACCGACCACGACGCGGCGGCGAUGCACACCGUGGCCGAGGCUACGGGCGGUACGUUCUCCUUCAUCGAGGACGAGGCGGAAGUCCAGGACGCGUUCGCGCAGUGCAUCGGCGGGCUGCUCUCGGUCGCCGUCCAGGGCCUGCGCGUGGACGUCGCGUGCGCGCACGCCGACGCGGGCGUGCGCGUCCGGUCGGUCAACUCCGGCCGCUACAGAAGCCGCGUGGACGCGGACGGCCGCGCCGCCUCCAUCGACGUCGGCGAGCUGUACGCGGACGAGGACAGGCGGUUCUUGCUGCUCCUGGACGUGCCAAGAGCCCGAGGCGCCACCCCCGACGACGUUAUUACCCACCUGAUGAAAGUCACCUGCGCGUACCGAGACGUGGCGACCGGACGGGUAUUCACGAACGUGGCCGGCGUGGACGCGGCAGUGCCGAGGCCCGCCUCGUCCUCGCGGGCGGUGAGCGGGGAGCGGUCGGAAGAGGUCGAGCGGGAGCGCGUCCGGCUGGAAGCGACGGCCGGCAUGGCCGCGGCGCGCGUGGCUGCGGAGCGGGGCGCGCACGCGGAGGCCGGGGAGAUGCUCCGCGGCACGCAGCGAGUCGUGGCGCGGUCGGGAGACGCCACGCUCGCGGCGCUGUCGGGCGAGCUGCGGGAGAUGCGCGCGCGCGUGGCGGACCGGAGGCGGUACGAGCUGUCCGGGCGCGCGUACGUGCUCGCCGGGCUGAGCUCGCACGCGCAGCAGCGCGCAACGUCGCGGCAGGUUCGCUCUUGCGACGGCGAGCGCGAGACGAUGACGCGCCGCGGCGGCACGGCGAUGUCUACGGCGUCGUCCUCGUACGUGACGCCGGCGAUGGUGGAGAUGAUGAACCGGUCGCGGAGAUCGCGGGAGAUGACGGCGCGGGUGCAGCAGCAGCGGUCAAAGAGCGCAAACUACUGAGCCCACCGAGGUAGAGGAUUAGGAUUGACAGACAAAGAGUGUUGGUUCAAACUCGUCAAUUUUCUUAUUUGUAUCAUGGAGUAUAUAUACUGCUCACUCCGUUUCUAAAUACUUGUCGUAAUUUUAGUGUAAAUUUGUACUAAAAUCACGAUAAAUAUUUAGGAACGGAGAAAGUACACUACAUUGCUGUGCCAGCAUCCAGAUGAACUUAUUUGUGAUACUUAUUGGCAAAUAUAUUUUUCCGAAAUAUAGAUGACAAUGUAAACGCACAGGGCGCCGUCCUAAAACGAGACACCACGAGACAUCAACAUGGGUUUUGAUUCAAUUUUGGGUUGUGGCACAAACCCUAACUAAUGAUGAUUCUCUCCGUGACAGUUUGUUUCGUAGGCAAAAGAAAUGAA